AUGAUCCGUAGAGAGACCCCUGUCAGCAACAACAAGCAAUUUCUGGAUUUCGAGCUGCUCUGGCUGAAGGCGCGCCGCCGCCUGUCCCUCAGCCGGAGCGCCACCGGCUGGGCUCUCGACGACGCGCGGUGCGGCGUUGUGCCCUGCGACGCGCCGUUGCUCGAGGCGCGCGCUGAGGGAUGGCUGGCGAUUGGGAGGAAGCUGCCUGGCGUGGACGGGCGUCAGCUGGUCAACCGCCACCGGCUGGCGCUGCUCCUGGACCCCGGGGAGCUCGAGGCUCCGGCACAGCAGCUGCUGCGCCUUCUGCCUGGCCACCCGCCCACGCAGCUGCUGCUCGCCGCCCUGUCGGAGCUGCCGCGCCGCCCGCCAGAGGCGCUGGCCCUCGCCAUCUCGUCCCUCGGGCCUGCGGUGCGCCGCGCGCUGGGCGGCGCGCUGACGGGGCCGCUGCUCUCGGAGCUGCUUCUGCUGCAGCUCGGGCCUGGCGCCGGCGGCGGCGAUGGCGGCGGCGGCGAGGCGAUCAUGAGCGCCGGCGCCGCGGCCUGGAGCACGGGCGAUGGCGAUGCGAGUGACUGGGGUGGAUUGAGCGGGGGCGUUAGCCACGAGUGGGUGGAGGAGCGCCUCUCUGCGGCCGCUGCGCUGCUGGGCCCGGAGCUCGCCCACGCCGCGCUGUGCGCCGCGCCCGCCCUGGUGCGCGUGCGCCAGGGCGAGCUCGCGCCGCGCCUCGCCGAGGUGGCCGAUGUGCUGCAGCUGCCGCCGCUGGACGCCGCGCUGAUCGCCGGCCGCCACCCGCGGCUGCUCGCGGCACCGCCGGCGCGUGUGCGGGCGGCGAGCGGCGCGCUGGCCGGGGCCCUGCGCGAGCGGCUGGGGUGGCGUGACGGGCGGGCGCUGCACUUUGUUGCCUGGAACCCGGCGGUGCUCGAGGCGGCCCUGCUCGGUAGCAGCUCCUCAGAGGUGGGCGAGGGCGACAGCAGCAGCACCAGCACCAGCAGCAGUAGCAACAGCAGCAGUAGAAGAAGAAGCAGCAAGGGCAGGAGGAGCACUGAUGGCGGCGGUCCAGAGGACGGCGAUGGGGGGCUCGAAGCGGUGGAGCGGAUGGUCGAGCAGUGGGCAGCCAUCGUGGCGCUCUCGGACCAGCGGCCGCGCUGGCGCGCCGCGCUGCUGCGCCCGCGCUACCCGCUCGUCGCCGCCAUCCUCUGCGGCGCCGGCGGCGUCGGCGGCGGGUUCACGGCAGGCGGCGACGGCUCGUCGCCCGUCGCCGGCGCGGAAGACCUGGAUGGAGAGAGCGGCGACGGGGCGGCCGGCGGCGGCGCGGCCGCGCCGGCGCUGAGCCCGCUCGCGGCGUGGGCCGACGCGCAGGAUCAGCGGCUGCAGCGGCUGCGGUACUGCGCAGAGUCCGGGGACCUGCCCCUGCUGGGGCUGCGCCGGCUGCUGCUCAUGCACCCCGCAGAGUUCGCGUCCAAGGCGCCGGGCUACCGGCGCUGGCGGCUGGCGCAGGCGGCGGCGGGCAGCGGCGGUGGGAGCGGGGGCGAGGGUACCGGGCUGCCGGCGUGGUGGGAUGAGCCUCAGUUGGAGGUGCUGGGGGAGGUCGGGCCCUUUGACAGGCUGUAA